UGGAUUUCCUCCUGCAACAAGAGGAGGUGGUGUACGGAAGUAGCGUGGGAUUUUAUUACUAAGCAACAGAGACCAGUACAUACCGGCGAAGUGGUUAAAACGGUAUUAAAUUGUACCAUCGAAUUUAUCCACUUCCAGAGAACAAAUGCCAAUAAGCAGUUCGACUAGACUCUGCACUCUGUUGUCGUUGUAGUUCUACGUUAUUUUCCGCAUGAAGCCGAAAUAAAUCGAUCAGGUUGCUCUGGCAUGAAUAACGUUACAUGUAAAGAUCCUCCGUUAGCUGCGACAGAAAUGCUUGCAAAUAAUCACCAAAAUCACGACUCUCACUGUGGAACAGAUGUGGCCCGUGCACGAUGGGGUCUUCUGCGACAGGUUCUGAAACGGAAGCAGCUCGACAGUUCAGAUGUACAGCAGGUGUCAGUGCGAAGAUUCUCCUCCUUUAACCUGUUCUCCAGGAGCAGGGUCACUCCCACAGAGACGGAUGACCCGUCAGACGGGCAGUGGGUGGACUACAGAAGUGCAAUCUUUCCCCAGUACAGUGCCUUACUCAGAGACAAUCUUGGACCUAUUAGAGUAGAUGAGGUGCUCAGCAGCUUUGACAACACAGGAAAUGUCUGUGUCUGGCCUUCUGAAGAGGUGAUGGCCUACUACUGCCUGAAGAAACGUCACAUGUUUACGGGUUCGUCGGUGUGUGAGCUGGGAGGAGGGAUGACGUGUCUUGCCGGGCUCAUGAUUGCGGUUUGUGCUGAUGUGAAGGAAGUUCUGCUAUCUGAUGGCAACGAGAAGGCAAUUCAAACACCAGAUGUGCGCAGUGUGAUCGAGAGGAACAGACGAGAGGGGCUCUUCCUGUCUACCAACGUGUCCAGCAGGGUGGUGAGAUGGGACAAUGAGGCCGACGUGUCCGCUCUGGAGGGUCGCUUUGACGUGGUGAUGUGCGCUGACUGUCUAUUUCUUGACCAGUACAGAGGCAGUCUGGUUGAUGCACUAAGAAGAUUACUGCGACCUGAUGGCACCGCUCUUGUAUUUGCCCCUACCAGAGGAGACACACUGGCAGAAUUCUGCAGACUGGGAGAGAGCGCAGGCCUCAGAGUGUGUCGCUAUGACAACUAUGACUCACACUUGUGGGACCUUCACCUAAAGAUGCAGAGAGAGGGAAAGGAGGUGUACGAUGAAAACAUCCACUAUCCUCUUCUCCUCACUCUCACUCACGGGUCCAGUCCAGCCCUGAUCUGAUCUGAUCUGAGCUGGGCAAUGCCAUCUCAUGCCAGGCUGCCUUUCUGUACCCCGGCUUUGCCACUGUGUCCUCACCUCCUGUGCGUGUGCGCACACUCCUUAUCACACUCCUCAAAUACCUUUUUUAACAACCACGUGUGUGUGUGUGUGCUUUGAAAAGAAACUGUGUAGAUGAGUUGCCAUGUGUGCGUGUGCUUGACCUGUUUACUGUGCAAUAACAGUGUGAAAUGUGUUAAAUGGGAAUGGAGAACACAUCCCUCCCUCUCGUCCUACAGACACUGCGGAUGUGACGCUCGUUCGAUGCCUGUGAGUAUGCGUGAUAUGAUAUCAGAGAUGAUGUUUCAGGGCAGAACAUUUCGAAUUUCUGAAUUCCACUCUGGAGGCUGAUACAACUAAUCAGGUUUGCAGGACUAUCUUCGCCUCUUCACAAAGACGUAAAUGAGGCCGUAGGGGCGUCUCGAUCAUGAGAUCUUGUUAUCAUGAUGACACCAGUUCAUCGUUAGCUACCGAUUCGGUACACUCGAAGCUUCAUUCUGACACCAAAGGUUAUGAAGGGUUGAGAUGGAUGCUGCUGCGGUGAAUGUUAUUUUCUUCACUGUGAAAUGCUCUCACUUGGCAUUUUUUUUAUCGAAGAACUGACAAGAUAUGACAGAUUAGGCCAGACUGAGACUGACGUGAUAUCUUGACAGCGUCACACGACCACCGGUAAGACCUGCAGCAGUGUUCUCCUCUGAGUCCUGUAUGAUUCGAGAGCACUCAGUGUGCACGCUAGACUAAUGGCCUCAUUAAAGAGAUGAUUUCCCUGUUUACUCACUCACCCUCAUGUCUUUUGAAAUCCGUUUUAUUUUAUUCUAACUUUAGUUAGAAUGAUAAAUGGGUUAUUUAAAGCAGAAUGUCCAAACUGCUCUUUUCCAUAGAAUAAAGGUGAAUGGUGACCAUGACUGUCAAGCAAUUUUCAAUUUCAGACUUUUCUGCACACAACGGCUUAAGGGGACUUUGGAAAAUAGCUUGAAAGUUUUGUGAUGUUUUUAUGGUGCCUUUUUUUGUCAGCCUCUGUUCACCAUCAUUCAUUGUAUGGGGAAACGUUCUACUAAAUUUGUUUAUGAUGUGAAUGAAAAUAAUACAGCUUUGGAAUGAGGGAAAUGAGACAUGAGGGGAUUGAAAAUUUUGAGUGAACUAUACCUUUAAAUCAAAAUUUUCUUAAUGGAUACAAUUAGUAGAAGACGACAGUUGUUCUUGAAUACGAAAGUUAUGUUUUGGUAUAUGAAGAGUUCAGAUGCAAAAGCCUCUAAGUGCC